AUGGCCAUUUCAAUCCGAACAGGAGUUGGCCUAGCCGCUUCCUUUCUUGUUAUCGCUCUAGCCCUUCGGGAUGUCCUUCGCCCGAAGGGCAGUGCUGUUGUGAUUCUCAUGCUUUCCGCGGUUUGGUACUGGACCAGCGCGGUCUGGGCUGCGGUGACCAAGGACAUUUUGGCAGAGCUUGGCGCAGCGCUGGUCUAUCCCUCCACGAGCAUAUGGCUGACUUUUGUCCCACAGGCAUUGACCUAUUUCUUGGUGCAGAUCUUCGCAUGGCUUGCAGGGCUCAACAUCUUUGAAGGAACCUUCACGCGCUCCAAAAGCGGUAUGAGCUUCGGCACUUGGCAGCUUGCCGGGUCUGCGUAUUUUUAUGGUCAGCUUUUUACAGUGGCGGCACUGGCUCUCGACGCUCCGAGCAUCGUGUUCGUGGUGAAGGCCAUAGAGCCUCUUAGCACCGCGCUGCUUGCGAUACCGGUGCUGCGACAGAGCUUCCAGCCGCAGCUGUUUCUGGCAAUUGUUGUUGCCUGCAGCGGCAUUAUGAUAACGGCGUGGGCCGCUCAUGGCGGCUCCAGCGUGGUGCAGAGUGGCAGCGCCUACGUUGCGAUGUGCAUGGGGAUGCUGGCCAACAUCGGCUUCUCCUGCCGAGCCUGUGUGGCGAAGAGGGCCUUGGUCUUCGAGAGCAACCACCCGCUCCAGGCGUUUGGGAAACUCACCGUAUCGGCAACACAGUCUGGAACUGUUGACGCCCGAAACGCUCUUCCUGUGACACUGCAAG